GCUCGCCAGUCGAGUUUCGGCCGUCUAACCCAGCAGAGGUGUGCAGCGGACAGGAGUUGAACCACCGCAACCUACAGCACCAUCAGCAGCAGAUAGAAUAGCUGUGGCCACAAGAGAACGGGUGCCCUGCCCUUUGAUCCGCUGCAUCCACUGCAACAACUGCCACAGCAAUGCCCUGCUGCACUGACAACUGACCCAGCUGCACCUGAUUAACUGAUUAACUGGCCGACAGACGGCAGAGCAUCGCUAUUCAUUACGCGUCCAUGUUCGUGGUCCACUUGGCGGACGCGGAUGCGGGGAGCACAUUCAUCGAAACCAUCACAUCAACAACUUUUCGGCAACCAGGCGUUGCUAGAGUCCUAGCAAAAAAGCAUAAAAAAAACGGAACACAAGAUUCGGGAAAAUUUAACGCAUAAAAAAGGGAAAGCACUUUCCCUUCGCUGUGCGUGUGUGUCUGUGUGUAGGUGCGUCGGUGUGUCGCUGUGCUGGGUUAUUGGUGUGCCGCUGUGCGUGAGAGUGAAAGUGUGUGUGUGUGCGAGUGCCUGAUAGCGCGAGCCUGGCGCUGACAUCACUUUCACUGGGAAAGCGAACUCGAGGAACCAACCUGGAGCCCGGGAAUCUGCCAAUCGAGCCGCACGGCAACAAAAUCAAUUAAACUACCAACACUGCACGACAACCGCCAGAACAACAAAGCUGCCAAGAGCCAAUUAUCGAGGAAAAGCGAAGCAAGCCAAACGAAGGAAGCAAGGAACUAAGGAAGGAAGGACGAGCCCAUCGCAGCCAAAAUGUUCUCCAUGUGCACCAAGGUGAAAUCGCGGAGUGCGGAUCCGGACAGCUCGUUCAUGCAGCAAUCGCAGCAGAUGCAUAUGCAGCUGCAGCAGCCCCAAGCGAUGGGAACUGGUGGAAAACAAAUCAAGGGAGGCUAUCUACUGCGCUACAAAAAGCAAAUGUUCUGGAACCGCUGGGCGGAGGAAUGGGUGGUGCUGUACGACGACUCGACCAUGGCCUGGUUCACGGAGCCGGGACGCUCCUCGCCGACGGGCAAGAUCCUGGUGAAGGAGGCGCCUGAGAUGCUGGCCAUCGCACACUGGACCGGCCAGAUACCGCGUCGUCCGCCGCUGCCGGCGGGCGUGAAUGUGUCCCAGUUGAUUGCCCUCGGAUCGCAGCGCAAGCGGUCGAAGGUCUACUGGAUGCUGGCCAAGUCGGAGCAGGAGGUGAGCGACUGGAUCGAUGCGAUUACCAAGACCCUGCCGCCGCCGCCUCAAAUCGAGCUGGUGGUGGACAAGCCGCACCUGAUGAACGUGCUCCGGCGUCCGCUGGUGCGCAUUAGACCGGCCACCCAGUCGGAGGUGAAGCAGCGGAAGGCGGCGUCCCACGGAGCCAGCGGAAGUAAACACCACCGCUGCUCGUCGGCGAUUUCCACGAAGGUGUACCGGCAGAGCCAGGAUCCGCUGGUGAAGAGCGACGCGGCGGUGGCCAUUCUCAGCAAGAAGCCGGACUCAAAGGCCUCGCUGGCCUGCGCCCUGCCCUGGGGCCACGGAUGGGGAUGGGCCACGCUGCCCAACGGGGUUUGGAGCGGCGGACUCACCUGGUCGCAGUGCGAGGAUACCUUCACCCUGCACGCCCUGCCCACCACCCACUGCACCAACCUGAUCGACACCUCCUGCAGCGGGGCAGUGUACCACACGGACAUCGGAGGCUUCGACUUUCACUCCUCGGGCGUCGAUGACAUCGGUGGCGAGGACUUCGACUAUGCCAUGGACUGCGGUGAUUUCAUAUUCUAAACUCCCUUGAGCACAUCGCAUUCAACCAGCCACCCACCCGGCGCGCAGGACUCGUCCUUGGUCGCAGAUUUUGUCUUCGAUUGGAAGGAGCUCAGCAACUGGUAGUCGCUUGGGUAGUAUUUAAUAUUUAACCGUGCAUUUGUUACCCUCUGAGUGUUAGGUGUUGCUAAAUGUAAGGGGAAGUCGCGACGUUGCGUAUACGCCCCGUUGUCCUUGUUCCAGUCGGGCUAACUAUACCGCUGUACCCUUAACAUUGUGUAUUGUCCUAAUUGCGUUAGGCAGUUCAGCUGCAACUACUUGCACAACUAACUGCGAUUAUUCCCUUUUUUCUCAGUGUGCUGAAACAUACAUUAAUUGGUAUGCAUAUGUACAUAGGUGUGUCUAUAGCUGCGGCCAAAAAACUAGCUGUGACUGCUUCUAACCAUUCCUGAUGUGUAACGGUUGCCCUUAAAACUGCCUAGGAUAUUUGCAUGGAAUUGCAAGAGAUAUUCAAGAUUUCAAGCUUCAGAUUCACCAAACAUCCCAAAAAGAAAGAAAUUUUGAAUUUGAUGAAAAUAAGAAAAUCUUUAAAAAAUUUAACGCAAUGUUAUAAGGUACAAAUUCAAUAUUUUACAAAUCUCACAGCUAUAAUGGCCGCUGCUGUAGUUUCGCCUCGAGCUCUGGCUGAUACACGUGUGCCCGUGUAUUUACCAAUAUAUAUGCGUGUUAACCCCCAACCCAUAUAUGCCAACUACCACCCACCGCCCACUGGCCACAGCACCUCAUUUAGCCACCCACACAACCAACCGCAAUCAGCCAUCGCAGUCGCAGUUGCAGUUGCAACCACAAGCAUUUGAAAUGCGAAAAUAUUUUUGCAUCGCGCAUAUAAGUAGGCUACAACAUAUUUUCGCACUCGACGAGCGAAGAAAUUACAAUAAAUAAUGCAGACGGACAAGGCGACAACUAAAUUAAUAACGAGAAAACAACCGCAAGAGAUUGAAAUACUUUUGUGUAUUUUGAGACUUUUGAAAUUUAUAUUGAUGCAAUUUGUAAUGGAAACACUUUUCAAAAUGUUUUGCCAUGAUUUUCUAGAAUUUUUGGAAUCGAUAGUAUUAACCGCAAACCGAAUCCGGAAAAAAGCCCACAUCCCGCGUUCCCCGCCAAAACCCAUUUUUGUGUGCGAAUUUUUGAAACAUUUAUACAGAUACAGCGCGCGUAAAUUGAGUCGGUCAAAAAAUCGAUGCAAAUUUAAUAUAAUUGUGUAAAAGACGAACACAAAAGCUACAACAAAAUAAGCGAGACAUUCCCCGCGGAGUUUUAAAGUGGCGCAUAGCAAUUUUUAUAUAGCGUGUUAAACAGAAAUUACAGUAAACAGGAAAACCAGGUAAAUAACGAGUAAUUAACGAGGUAAAAACGAACUGUAGUCGUAAGACCCACACACCGACACACAGCCUAGUGUAAAUGUUAGCACCUAAGGCAUCCGAUUGUCAGAUUGGUUUUCGAAACUAACUCACUCAGAUCGACAUACCCACCCGUACUGAUGUAAAGUUUAUAAAACAAAUCAAGCGAAACACAGAGACAAGUUAGCAACCCAGGAAAAAUCACGGAGCAUAAGGCCAAAGACGUGCAAACACUUGUAUGUACAAGUAUGUACGAGUAUGUACGAGUAAUUAGCGUUAAGAGCCCAUUCGAGAUCACGGACAUUUGGGAGCGGAGUCAGCAGCAAUCACCAGUAAUAAUCACCCCCAUCGAUUCGAUUUUGAAUUUGAUUUUGAGGAACUUUCGACACGUCGUGUGCGAAAGGGAAACGCCGCUACGGACACCUUGAGAAAAUGUAACUGUAACUGUAACUAACUGUACGUUAGGGUAUUUAGAAUCUAGGAUAAGAAGUCGGGCGCCCGUUAGAGCCACACAUGCAUGCAUACAUAUAUGUUAUGAUGAUAUAGGAGUAUAUGAUAGAUGUAUGUAUGUACAUACGUACCGUAAGAAUGUGCAGGUUUUCAAAAUGUUGCAUGCCGCGAAUAUGCAUAGAGCUAGAGAAUAGCAUCGCAAAUAUUAUGUAAAAUACGGGUAACAGGACACUCCAGUCCCUGCGCAUCUGUUGCAUGUCCUUGUACGCGCUAGUAUACUUAUACACCACGAUAUAUUUAUGUACAACCGUAACCAGAGCCAAGCUAAACGAAUCGAAACCGCAGUCGGAUACCCUAACCUGAGCCCGCAGCCUUAGCUAUCAUACCCAUCACACCUUACCGCUACCAGCCCUUUAUAGUGUCUACACACAUAUGUACGAGUAAUGUAUCUGCAUGUAUACAAUACACAAUACCUAUAGCUAUAGUCGGCAGACGCGAUCGGGAGCAUUAGAAACGUACAUAUAGAACCCGCCACGUAACGUAACGUAAUGAAAUGUAGACUAAAAGACUUAAGCAAUUGUCGUUUAGACGUUAAAUUAGAGCGCAUUGAAUGUUGGCUUAUAGUUCUAGAUACCGAGCGAUUCAGGGGCGACGUGCGGAGCGUUAGGAACAUAUGUUAUUAAGGAUAUCCUCACCACAAUGUUUUAGUCUGAAGCCUAGCCGAAUCGAAAUCGAAAUCCAAAUUGAAUUCGAAAUCGGAAUUUGUUAGCGAGCAAGUUGGAAACGCGUACCCAAAACCAAAACCAAACACAACCAAACCAAAACCAAAUACUAAUGCAAGACAAAACUAAAAUAAACGUAAAGUAAAGUAAAUCAACCUUGGACAAUCACGCAUACGCAUGUAGGCAAACUGGAUUAAAUAAUGUAUGUAAAUUGUUUAAGCCCUGGGUCGGCAUUAAAACCAAAGAGGACAGAGGAUGGCUUGUGUGGCAUAGUCUUAGCACGUCCAGCAUGGAAUCCUUAAGGGCUCCGUGAACUCAACUAAAUAAAUACACAAAACCAAAGAAAUUCACAUUCGAUUGAGGACUAGAGCCAGGUCAAGCUUCAAUUAAAUGUCAAUCCCCACGCUCUUCAGUUGUACCGAGAAGUACAUAUUUUUGUAAACUUUAUUAGGAACACCGAGAUCUAAAGCGAAACUACUAUAGAAUUGUAACAAAACAUGGAUGUUUUAAAACGGAAAUUAAGCAAACGCAAAACCAAAGUAUACUUUAGACGCAAUUUUUGUAGCAUAAUUGUACACGUAAACUGCAUUUCCGAUGUUAGCUGAACAACCGUAUAUAUAUAUAUAUAUAUAGUAUAUAUAGGACAUAUAUGUAUAGAGUAUACAGACACCCACAUACGAGCGCGAAUCGAGCGAGAUACACCCGUUUUUAUUGUGCUGCGCAUUUUCAGCGGGCGGCUGAACUGUGAAUACGAGUAUAGUACCCUAGAUAUAGGUAGCAUCGGUACAAACCAGGUGGUACAGGUGGCAUCGCGUGCAAAGCCGCACUUGAUGUAACCGAAUUAUGAAAUUGUAGAACCCAAUCGGGAAUCGGUGGCAUGUCAUUGUCAGACGAACAGCGAGAUUCGCAGGAGGGCACCCUUAAGCAAACGAGAGCAAGUAAGAGCAAACGAGGGUAACCGGAAGCGGAAGCGGGCCUCCCGCCAUCCGGCCAACUUGGCAGACGUUGCGCAUACGCCCCGGCGGUCGCAGCUGCAACUCACAAUUAGGCUAGUAACUUCGCGUUGUUUGUUAUCAGUGUCGUUGAUGUUGAUGUUGAAUUGAAUUGAAAUUGAAAUUGAAUUGCCGUGUCAUUGUUAACCGUAUUCAAGUUGUAAACCGACGGCGUCGGAAUUAGCUGUUUUUGGGAACCAAGCGAGGCGACUUAGCAGGGCGGCACUCAUCGACCCACGCAGGAGAUUAUACAAAUUAUACAAGCAUUAUACAUAGGUGUGCAUAGUACCCACAAACAUACAUAUAUACAUAAGCCGGUCCAAGGGGCUCUCGAACCAACUCCAACCUCCAGCCAAGUGUCGCGCACCUUUAAUCCGCAUCCGGCGCGCAGCCUGGCCAAGACUCUUCCGAGUCCCCCGACCCUCGACCCCGACCCCUCGAGAUCCCUCGAGUUCCCCGAACAGAAACUAGCGAAGUAACCACGUUAUUCUAUAGAUGUGUAUGUGUCUAUAAAUAUACUUUGUAGACGUUCACUCGCCAUACGCCGCCGAGCUCGAAAAAAACUGAACACCCAGCCAACCCGGGAAGCCAUCGGCCAGCCAGCCAGAAGCACAAGAUCUCUUCAGGUUCGGGUUACACCCACUCGAGCCCGGAGCAAGUGCUGUCACUCUCUUGGCCAAGUGGCUAGCUCAGCUGGCCAACUCAGCUGGCCAAGUUAAGAGAGCGGCGCAGAUCGCUCUCACAUGGUUUCAAAACCGCAGCCCAAAAACCAAAACUAGCGAACAAUGUACGAAUAAUUAUUAUGAAACGAUGAGCAAAUAGACGCUUAGCGAACAGCAAAGAAGCCAUCAGAUGAAUCAGCCAACGAGCGAUGUGCGAAGCUCAAAUACCCUGUACACCAUAAUUUUGCUCAAUUGCGUACUUAUGACUGUUGAAAUUUGGUUCUUAAAUUGUUGUAAUGUGUAAUAGUAGGUUGGAAUAAGAUCUACUUCUUGUUUCUUAAAGAUUGUAUUUGUGUUUAAUUAUCAUUAUAAGUUUUGCUCAGCACUUGCGUGUUUCCAUAAAUUACGCAGAUUGGGUAAUUGUUUUAAUGUAAGCCUGCGACUCAUUUUGUUAAGCUCAAAAUGUUUAGAUUUGCAUAUUUAUUAUUAUGAAUAUUUGUAUGAUUAUAAUUUUAAAUACGUAUAUUAUGAGCUUGUGCGCUUCCCAACUGAAACCCCACACUAUGAUUAAUUAUUGUUUGCCAAUCGAAUGCUGAAAAUACAGCUCAAUCAUGUUUUGAUUCGAUGACUUCAAAAGGGGUUGAUAAAGAGUAAAAGGCGGAAAACAUCUGCGAAGCGUCAGCGUUGAUAAAUGUAAAACAAAGCAAAAAGCAAAUAAAGUUUAGCAACAACAUCUGAGAGAAAGAAACAAAAA